GUCUAUUGGAGGAGAAGAAAGAGGCGUAGCAGUGGCAACGGUCACGUGAGCGAGGAGUUGGCAGCUUAUAAGGAAGGACGGGAGAGGUGUCACUCGGUGGUCGAUGCCAAUCUGGAUUGUGCGGUCUUCGUGAACUGUCUGUAAAUUUUCGAGCGGUACUACAGGAGGACGUCGCGCUGGGCGUACAGAGAGAGGACCGAAAGUGCAACCUUCUCCGUCAGCCAGGUCAGGGGUGUGUGGGGUAGAAGUGCUGGAUACGUGUGCAGACGGCGAAGGGUGCCCCGGCAGUCCGUCUGUUAGUUCGUCCACCGACGUACAGGAUAUGCCCAUUCUGAUUCCCGACUACAAUGUGCGGAACCUCCGCCCCGAAGAAAUCCCCCUGUUACUGGAUUUGGCCAAAGCCGAGGGCAGGCACAUGGGCUUAGAAGCGGAGAUAGAGACGUGGCUGGAGGUGGAUCCGGAAUGCUUCUUUGUAGCAUGCUCCGAUUCCGGAGAUAUUCUGGGAUCUUGUUGCGGAGUCCGUCUGAGCGAGGAGCAUGGAUACGUGGGCAUGUACGUGGUCAAACCUGAGUACCGUUCUCUUGGAAUUGGAAAGAAAGUAUGGAAUGCAGCCAUCGAGCAUCUUGGAGACCGAAACAAAGGGUUAAGUGCGGUGGAUUCGUACUUUCCUCUCUAUCGGGACAAGGCCGGCUUCAAUGUGGUAGCCGACUGGACUGUGGACCUGUACAGAUUAGAGAACGCGCACGAAAUGGAUCUGGACCUGGCUGAUCUCUACUUGGACAGUAAAUUAAGAAUUUUGCCCAUAUCCGACGAAGAGCUAAUUCGUGACGUCAUAGCAUACGAUAAAGAGAUUCAUGUAUAUGAUAGAUCGAAAAUUGUCAGGUUAUCUCUCCUGGAAAGGGGCUGUAUCAGUCGCGUGGCCCUACUAGGUGAUACUGUUUGCGGUUACGGGUGUAUUAAGCCAGGUUUACAGGGACUGUGGAUCAUCACUCCGUUAUAUGCCGAUAGCGAGCACGUAGCUCACCUACUUCUAUCGGAACUCAUCGGCAGUUUAUCGGAGGAGGAAAGAGAAAAGGGGUUCGCUCUGAAAGUGCCCAGCACCAACACUGCAGCGGCCGGUGUUAUGAGCCAUUUUGGCUUCUGCCGGCAGACGUAUUCUCUGCGAAGAUGCUAUACACAUUCUGUAGUAGACUUGCCCGUCAGCCGAAUUUUCGCUCUUCAAACGUCUGUCUUCUGCACAGAAUGAAACAUGUACAUAAAUAUAUAAAUAUGUAUACAUGAUAUAUAUACAUAUAUAUAUAUAUAUAUAUCUAUACACGCAUUUCAGACAUGCACAUUGUAUGUAUCUUUCCUUUAUAACGAUCCCUUUUCCCGAGGCUUGUAAAUGUCGGCGAAGAACCUCGAGGCUCUUUAAUCUCGUUUCUACGUAGCCUUCACGCGGCAUCGGCACGAAAAUUUUACCAUAGGAAAGAAUUUAAAAACAGUUUCAAUUUUUCGUUAAAUUAGCGGAAUCCUGGCAUAUAUAUAUAAUAUAUAUAUAUAAAGAACAAAAUUAUUUUAUUUCCUAUGGUGCAAUAGGGAGCAACCUCCAGUUUUGGUGCUGAAUAGUAGAUUAUUGAACGUUUCUUCGUCCCAGUAUCUGGGGUGCUAAAGUCUGUAAUACGACCUCUAGGGUACUAAAUCGAGACAUUCCUUAAAUCUUGUAUAUUUUAUAUUGUGUUUUCCACGAUUUUUGCGGAAGAAUAUCCGAACGGAAGAGAAUGUGGUAGAGUUAGUUUCGAAAUUUUAUUAGCUCUGCUCAUUUUCGCUGUCUAGAGAAGAAAGCACCGUGUUCUUCUAUAUUUAUCACGGUUAUCAUUCUUCAAAAUAAUUCUAAAAAUAAAGCCGUUCCAAUCAGAAUGUAACAAUUCGCGCCCGAAAUAAAAACAAAACAAAAAAGUAAAAAAAAUAAUAAUAAUGAUAAUAAUAAUAAUAAUAUUCGACCUGUCGUCACUUCUUCACUUUUGUUCUUACUUCUCCAUCUUAAAAAAUGAAAUAACAAAAAUAUAUAACAGUGAAAAUAAAAGAAAUUUCCAUCUA